GACUGCCUACGUCGGACUACUCACUUCGUCAUAAAACAACAGUAAUAACAUUAGCAGUUUUCAAAUUUUUAAUCAAAUGCAAAAAUAGUUUUUAUAAAAAAUCGGCCAUUAUCCAUUUUGUUGUAAAAGGUGCACAAAAUGGCGACCAACUACACAGACGACAUCGGCCCUGUGGCUUACCCUUUGAAAAUGGUAACACAAGAGGUUGUAGAACAUAUGCUAGGAUGGAACAUUCCAGAAGACCAUCAAGACCUCGUACAUGAACACUGGAGAAACUUCCCAGCGGUCAGCAAAUAUUGGCACUACGGCUUAGCCUUCAUUUAUACCAUACUGAUGCUCGCAUCGUUGUCAGGGAAUGGAAUCGUUAUAUGGAUCUUUAGCACUUCAAAAUCGCUGCGUAGUGCAAGCAACAUGUUCGUCAUCAACCUAGCAGUGUUCGAUCUCAUGAUGAUGUUAGAAAUGCCGUUGCUCGUCACAAACUCGUUCUACCAGCGUCUAUUGGGCUACCAGCUCGGCUGCGAUAUAUACGCAGUAUUAGGGUCAUUAUCAGGCAUUGGCGGCGCAAUGACGAACGCCAUCAUCGCCUUUGAUAGAUACAAGACAAUAUCGAGCCCACUAGAUGGAAGACUGAACCGUGUGCAAGCGUCUUUACUAAUUCUGUUCUCUUGGCUGUGGGCCUUGCCGUUCACCUUCCUGCCUGCCUUCAAGGUCUGGGGACGAUUUGUGCCAGAGGGCUUUCUCACUACAUGUUCCUUCGACUACAUAACGGAUGACCAGGACACUAAAAUAUUCGUGAUUUGCAUUUUCAUCUGGAGCUACGUCAUCCCCAUGGUCUUCAUUUGUUUCUUCUACUCCAAGCUGUUUGGUGCCGUACGUCUUCACGAGCGUAUGCUAAAAGAACAAGCCAAAAAGAUGAAUGUGAAAUCCCUGGCUGCGAACAAAGAGGACUCGGGCAAGAGCGUUGAAAUAAGAAUCGCGAAGGUUGCGUUCACAAUCUUCUUCCUGUUUUUGUGCUCAUGGACACCAUAUGCUUUUGUCACGAUGACCGGCGCAUUUGGAGACAGGGGUUUAUUAACACCAGUGGCAACCAUGGUGCCGGCAGUGUGCGCGAAAAUCGUAUCAUGCAUCGAUCCAUGGGUAUACGCAAUUAACCACCCGAGAUACAGAGCGGAGCUACAAAAAAGAUUGCCAUGGAUGGGAGUUCGAGAAGCGGACCCGGACAGUGCGUCUAGUGCUAGCGGCGCUACAGCGCAGACGCAGAACCCAACAGCCGAAGCGUGAAUAAACUAAACUGACCCUUACUAUAACAAUGAUAAAGCUGAUUUAAACUCGUUAAUCCUUUCGUAAAACGACGCUAUUAGAAAUUGUGACAUUAGUUUUUUUUAAUUUUUAAACUUAAGUAACACUGUCAAAGUAGUUUUCAAAUUGGAGGAAAAUUUGAAUUGAUUUGACGUUUCGUUUUAUGGAGGCAAUGAUGAGUGCAAGAUAGCCGGACUAUGCCUUUUUCUUUUUAUAUUAAAAAGUUUUCUAAUUGAAAGUAGAUUAGAACGUUUUUACACUGUAUUAUUAAUCGUGUAUAUUUUUCUAGUUGUUUUUAAGGUAACAAUUUUUUAUUAGUUUAAGCGAUCAGUAUCUUGUGAAAAAGCGUUCUACUUUGCGUUAUUUUUGUGCCAAAAAGCAAUUAUAAAAAUUAAAAAAAAAUCGGAUAGACCCCAACGACUCAAGCGAAUAAAUGACGAAUAAAGAGAUUUAUUGUAAA